AUGACUGACCCAGCCCUAGGAAUUGCUGAGGCCAUUCAAGCGGCCUCCAUCAAUCCGGAGCCAUCCCCAAGCCAUGACAUCAAUCCUCCGACCGCAACUUCGGAGAAGAAGCCUGUCGCUGAAGAUGCUCUGUCCGACGCUGGCAGCAUCCCAUCCGACAUCGUGGACCCCCAUCGAAUGAUCGCACCCGCUCCAAGACGGCAUCAUCUUCCUCCAAUGCCUGAUUUGCGCUUCGAACAAAGUUAUCUGGCCAGCAUACGGGGUGCUGAGACUUGGGGUCGUGUCGCAUGGAUCACCGUCCGCGAUCAGGUUCUUCUCCCUCUGAUCCAAGGAACCCUCUGGACCCUCGCACUCUCCGGUUGGCGAUUCUGGAACCGCAACGCGUCUCUCAGUGGUCAAACAUUGGGCAGCAAAAUUCGACGCUGGUGGUACGAAGUAAAUAACUGGAAACUCCCUCCCCUCCCAUCAAUGAAGGACCGUAAACUUGCUGCACAGGCGGAAGACUUUUAUAAGACUCAGUUCUCUAAUGCCGGUGCCGACUAA